AUGGCCCCUCGCGCCCGCCUCGUCUUCCAGCUCGCCCCUCCUCCUCCUCCCGCCGGCCCUGCUCCCUCGCCGACGAGCGGGGCGCGUGCAGAUCGACCUCGCCCUCUUCCACACCCGCCAGCCCAGCUCGCCAGCCAAGGCGUGUUCUCGAUCCUGCCGGCGGGCGGUGCGCGGGUCGGCGCACGCGACGUGCGAGUUCCGGCGGGUUCAGCGGUCGAGCGAGUCGGCAAGGGCACGGUCGCGCUCGCCGAGUCGGCCGAGGGGUUGAGAUGGGCGGGCACGGACCAGCAGGGACGGCCUGGGCAUUGGACCCUGUGGCUCCUCGACGCGACCGAGGGCGACGUCCUCGCGGUGGAACGUAUCCUUGCCACCUCUCGCCCGCACCCCGCCCGCCCUCAAGCGCAUGUUCACGCGCGACAAGCUCCUCCUCCGCCUCGCCUUCGCAACUCGAUCCUCCUCUACGACGAGUCGAGUCGAUCCGCCCUCGCCAUCCUCCCCCUCUCGUCGCCGCCUACAUCUGCCAGCUCAACGCCACCUCCACGCCCGCCAAGGCCGCUCACGCACUCGCACUCGCAUAUCGCCCCCUCGCCGACGCACCAUCCCUCUGCCGCAGCCUUUGCCGCAUACGUCAACCACGUCUCGGCAUCGAUCCACCCGAGCCCGACGCCCGAGACGCUCCGCCGCGACGACCGCGUCGCUCGGAGGGAGAUCGAGCGCCUCGCCGCCGAGGAGACGGCCGACGACGAGCUGCGGCUGCCGCCGGCGCCCGAGAUGCUCGAGCUCGUCGUGCUGCCCAGCGUCGACGGGCUCGUCGACACGAGUGUGACUGCGGGUGCGGCCAGUCCGGAGGAGCCGAGGUGGCGAGACGAGCGCGACGUGCUCGUCAAGGGGCUCGAGCGGCUUGACCUCGAGACGGAGCUCGCGAGGCCCGUUCUGCACGGCCCGUCAUCAGUCGUCGCCUCGCCGCCGCACUCGUCUCGGCAGGGGUCGAGCUGGACGGUCUCGAGCUGGGCGACGCGUGGGACCGAGCGCUUCAUGACGGCGGACGAGGGCGGUGUCGAGGACGGGCUGCUCGAGGACGGGCCGGCGAGCGCUUUCACUGCGAGGGCCGACGACGACGCGACGCCUCGGCCCAGCUACCUCAACACUCGUCCUCCCGUUUCGACGGCGUCACCGACCUCGCUCGCCGAUCCUGCCUUUCAGUUCGACCUCGCCCACACCCUCACCAACGGCAAUGCCUCGCCGUGA